CUAACAUAGAAGAAACUAGUUUCCACAAACAAAUAAUCACACAAACAUGAAACCUUCAACCAUUCUAUCUCUCAUUUUGCUUCUUCUAGCCUUCAUUUCUUGCUCACAAGCAUCAUCUCCUUCUAACAAUUUUCUUCAAUGCCUAUCCAAAAAAUCCAUUUCCAACAUCAUCUACACCCCAACCAACUCCUCAUAUUCCUCCAUCUUACAAAUAACCCUCCAAAAUCCAAGAUUUAACACAAAUUCAACCUCAAAACCCUUCGCAAUCAUCACUCCCGAACACGAAUCCCAGAUCCCGCCUAUAAUCCUCUGCGCCAAACGCAGCGGAGUGGAGACCAGAACCCGAAGCGGCGGCCAUGACUUCGACGGGCUGUCUUACCAAUCCCAAGUCCCGUUUGUGAUCAUUGAUUUGAUCAAUUUUAAUGAAGUGACGGUUGAUGUCGAGCACAAGACCGCUUGGGUCGGAGUUGGCACGACGCUCGGUGCUUUCUACUAUGCGAUCGCGCAGAAAAGCCCGGUUCUAAGCUUUCCAGCGGGGAUUUGCCCUACCGUUGGCAUCGGCGGGCACAUCACUGGCGGAGGCUACGGUGUAAUGAUGAGGAAAUAUGGUAUCGCGGCUGAUCACGUGGUUGAUGCUAGAAUAGUCGACGUUAACGGCAGAAUCCUGGAUAAAAAGUCAAUGGGUGAGGAUCUGUUCUGGGCAAUCAGAGGUGGCGGUGCAGCUAGUUACGGCGUGAUUACUGCUUGGAAGGUAGAGCUAGUCGAUGUUCCUGAAACUGUCACUGUUUUCAGAGUGAGCAGAACGUUGGAACAGAACGCGACUCAGAUCAUUCACCGCUGGCAAUACGUGGCUCCUCACCUAGACAAAGAUUUAUUCAUCGGGAUCACUUUAACCACAGUAAACUCCACCGAAUCCACCAACAAAUUGACGAUCAACGCCAAUUUUUUCUCGUUGUUUUUUGGUCAGAUCGACAAAUUGCUCCCGUUGAUGAAAGAAAAGUUUCCAGAGUUAGGGUUAGUAAGAGAAGACUGCACAGAAGUGAGUUGGAUAAAGGCGGCCGUGUUUAUAAGCGGUUUGCCCGUCGAAACUCCAACAGAAGUUUUGCUCAACCGAACCUAUGCCAACACAAGAAGACCCUUCAAAGGGAAAUCGGACUAUGUUCAACAACCCAUUCCCGAAUCCGGGCUUGAAGGCUUGUGGAGGCAUUUCUUCGAACCGGAAGGCCGUUUUGCUGCGUUCGCAAUGAAUCCUUACGGGGGAAGAAUGGCAGAGAUCUCAGAAUCCGCCAUUCCAUUUCCCCACAGGACCAGAAACCUGUUCAAGAUAUUGCAGGUGAAUUUCUGGAGAGAAGACGAGAACAGAGAUUCGGAAAAGUUUAUAAAGUGGAGUCGGAGGGUUAAUAGAUACUUGGCUCCUUAUGUUUCAAGGAAUCCGAGGGCAGCAUAUUUCAACUAUAGAGAUCUUGACCUCGGAGUCAAUAAUGUUGAGGGUAAGACGAGUUACGAACAAGCUAGUGUUUGGGGGAAAAGGUAUUAUAAGGAUAAUUUUGAUCGUCUUGUUCAGAUUAAGAGUGUGGUUGAUCCCGAUAAUUUCUUCAGGAACGAACAGAGCAUUCCGACGUUGCACUAAAUGUUUGUGUGUGAUUUGCUUUAAUUGCUGCAUUUAGUAUUUGGAUGAAUACUUGUAAUAAUUAUUAUGUUCUUAUUUUUAUGUAGUUAUCCAUACAUAUAUAAAAGACGAGUUUUAAGCCGUUUUUUUUAAA